GGCUAUCGCGAAUUGGCUCUUAUUUUUCAGCCAAGUAGGCGAUAUUCGAACAUUAGAAACAUUGCCAAAUUGCUCGGGUGAAGUGUACAUCAAAAUUUUCAGUGCCUUUUUUCAAAAUUAAAAUAAAAAAAAAUCCGCACCAUGGAUAGCCCAAGAAAUUCAGCUUCAUUGGAAAACAUUGAAUUGGAAAACCCUGAAGACAUAAAACGAGAAAAUUCGAAACUAGAAAAUACAUUUGUCGAAGAGGAAAUGUCUGACCAAAAAGAAUCCAACUCGGAUCAUUCGGAUCUACCAGAAGGAGUAAAUUACUAUCCACCCCAAGAAUCCAAGCAUAGCCUGAGGCCGACCCCAACCCCAUCGGUGAGAAGCUUCAAUAGUCAACGCUCAAUGCAGUCUUUACAUCAAUGGCAUGCAUUGUCGCUGCCAAAGUCUCACCACUUGGAGGAUAACAUACAAAGCUUCAAAGAAGUGCUAGACGAUGAAAAAAAAGAUAAUUUAAAAAGACAGUUGAGCAACCAGAAAAUACUCAGGGAAGUAACGGGUUACAAAUACCUAAACCGUUGCUCGCAACCUCCAGCAACACCCCAACUGCCAAGCAGCCGUCGCAAAUCAGUAGACGCUCAGAAACGGGAAGAAAUAAUGCGAAAGUUCAACGCUCGACUAAAGAGAGACGCUUUCGACCGACUCAUGGCCAAAGUCUUCACCGAGCUGCCCCGUCUAGUGCUAGAAGAAGACGUCACAAACAUGUCGAAACUGCCGCCUGAGACGCAACAAAUGAUUAACGUGAUCUUCUCCACACUCAUCGAUUUGGGCGGCAAACCGCUAACCGCCCACGAUCACGAACUGUAUUGCCACCUUGCCGUAGGUUUGGCACGAUUUGUUGAAAGUGUUGUUGAUUCGGUUCGAACGCAAGUUUACUCCAAUGCAAGCAUCGUCAACGGAGAGGACCGUAAACGGCAGUUACGGACUCGACAGGAAAGAUGUAGCAUGACGACGGGCCUUCUGGGGAAUAUGAACGAGACUAUUGUUAGCAUUCAGCGAUCAAGAGAAAUACUGAAACCGGAGAACCCCAUAGAACAAUAUAUGACAGAGAAAUUUUGAGAUCAAUAAAUUUCAAUAAAGCACCAUGUUACUCCAUCGCAUAAUAA